AGGAGAAAGAGAGAAAAAAUGCAGGUCUCCUCCUACCUCCGGCGAGCCCUCCGCCGUCCACCCUUCCCCGCCGGUGAUGCCAACCACCGGCGGCUCUCCUCGGCCCCCGCGCCGAAGCCCGAAGCACCGGCGGAGGCGAUGCCACCUCCGCCGAUGCCGACGCGGCCGUGGGGGGAGGCGCUGGCCGCGGCGCAGCGCGCCUUCUGCCUGCCGCUCGCGGGGCGCGUCCUCGCCGCCGCGGGGACCGGGAACGCGGCCGUGUCCGCCCCCGCCGUCCACGUCUCCCUGGCGCUCGCCGCGGGCGGCGCGCGGGGCGCCACGCGGAGGCAGGUGCUCCAGGCGCUCGGCUGCGGCGGCGGCGGCAGGGGCGGCGCCGCCGACGCGGCCAACGUGGCGUCCCGCGUCGUGAAGCGCGUCCUCAGGGACCGGUCCACCUCCGGCGGCCCGCGGCUGGCGUUCGCGGGCGGCGUCUGGGCCGACGCAUCGAGGAGUCUCUCGCCGGAGUUCGUGGGACUCGCCGGCAAUGUGUACGGCUCUGCGGCGAAGAAGGCCGAUUUCAAGAACAAGCCGGAAGAUGCUCCUGAUCAAAUUAAUUCGUGGGUCAAAGAUUCCACAAAAGGUACUGUUACAACACUUCUGCCUGCUGGAACAAUCGACCAGAAUACAGGACUUGUUCUUGGGAGUGCACUGUACUUUAGGGGCAGAUGGCUGGAUAGAGAUGAUUUGCGGAGGACUACUGAACAAAAGUUCUACUGCCUGGAUGGAACAUCUGUCGAAGUCCCAUUUGUGGAAUAUGACAGAACACGUCUUUUUGCCGUCCAUGAUAACUUUAAAGUUAUUAAGCUUCCUUACAAGCAAGGAAAGAAUGAAAGGAAGUUUUCCAUGUACAUUUUCCUCCCUGAUGAUCAUGAUGGCUUGUUUGAAUUAACCCAGAAGAUUUUCUCUGAACCAAUGUUCCUAGAACAACAUUUACCAACAGAGAAAUGCCAUGUGGGUAUCUCGGUGCCCAACUUUAAAAUAUCUUUCCAGAUCGAUGUAAAGGAUUUUCUGAAAGAUAUGGGGCUUGAACUACCUUUCCUCCGGGAAGCUGAAUUCUCUGACAUGAUCAAGGAAGAUGACUCAAGUGGUCCUCUGUUUCUGUCUGAUGUACUUCAUAAAGCGGUUUUGGAGGUUGAUCAAAAAGGAAUUGAAGAAACUUCAGUAUCAAUGGGCUUGGGCAAGCCUUUGCCAGCACAACACUUCAAGGCCGACCAUCCGUUCUUCUUCAUGAUUAGGGAGGAGGUCUCUGGAACAGUAAUAUUCAUGGGGCAUGUGCUUGACCCUUCAUCACGGACAUAGCAUCAGGUUGUAGUCUUUUAUCACCUGUUUGCACUAAUGUAUUGGAGUAUCUCUAUCAUUGCUAGUCUGCCUGGCAGAAGUUUUGGUACAUGAGUAUUUAUUUUUCUCACUUUUUGUAACACACUGGCAAAAAUUAAAAAAAAAGUAUGCCGUUUGAAUGCUUU